CGGCAGUCGGCGAAACAAGCCUGCGCUGACCGCCGAAGUGGCCGUUCCCGUCUGAAUCCCUGAGAGCCGCAUCCCUGCAAAAAGUAGGGCUGCCAGCGUCGCCACUAAAUCUGCGUGCGUGCAGCUGGAGGGGGAUAAGGAGAGAAUCUGAGAGGGAGAGAGUGCAAGCGUGGCAACUGAUUCACUUGGAAACUUGCGAAGAUGGAGAGCGAAUUACACUGCCGUUCGCUGGACCAAACUUAAGAAAACAAGGCACUAAAUUGCAUUGUGGGCAUUGCUGACAGUUCAUCUGCGAGGAAGAGGAAGGCGGUUGUCACUUUUCUCCGAAACGGUUAAAUCACAGGAGGAGUUUUGACAGCUGUAACACCACCUUCCCUUGCUGCUCUCCUGCGGACUCUUGUUGCUCUUUUUUUUCCUUGAAUGCCAUCACUUCUUGACCCCCCACUGCUAGGCAGGUAAAACACACUCAUGGUUGACGCCAAGGGAAGGAACAUGAAAUGUCUGACUUUCUUCUUGAUGCUUCCAGAGUCUGUGAAGAUCAGGUCAAAUAAAGGUGCCAAAAAAGGGAGUCCGGGCAACUCCAGCUUGCCUCCAGUCUGCUAUGAGGUCAUCACCCUGAAGGCUAAGAAAAAGAAAAUGGCCGCGGAAAUUUUUCCCAGCAAGAAGUCGGCGACAACCACCACAGUCCAGCAGUACCAGCAGCAAAACCUGAACAACAACAACACCAUCCAGAGCUGUAACUGGCAGGGACUCUACCCCACCAUCCGAGAAAGGAACUCUGUGAUGUUUAACAAUGAGCUGAUGGCAGAUGUGCACUUUAUUGUGGGCCCACCUGGAGGCACGCAGCGACUGCCGGGACACAGGUACGUUCUGGCUGUGGGAAGCUCGGUGUUCCAUGCCAUGUUUUAUGGAGAACUUGCUGAAGACCAGGAUGAGAUCAGAAUCCCAGAUGUUGAGCCACCUUCCUUCUUGGCUAUGCUGAAAUAUAUUUACUGUGAUGAGAUAGACCUGUGUGCAGACACUGUGCUGGCCACCUUGUAUGCUGCCAAGAAGUACAUUGUGCCCCACCUGGCGCGGGCAUGCGUCAACUUUCUGGAGACGAGCCUGAGCGCCAAGAACGCCUGUGUGCUCCUGUCACAGAGCUGCCUCUUUGAGGAGCCCGAUCUGACACAGCGCUGCUGGGAGGUCAUUGACGCUCAGGCUGAGCUGGCGCUCAAAUCCGAGGGCUUUUGCGACAUCGAUGCACAAACGCUGGACAGCAUCCUGCGACGGGAGACACUAAACGCCAAGGAGAUGGUGGUGUUUGAGGCUGCGCUGGCGUGGGCUGAGGCCGAGUGCCGUCGCAGGGAAAUGGCACCCACUGUCGAGAACAAGCGCAAAGCCCUGGGCGAGGCCCUCUACCUGAUACGUGUUCCUGCGAUGGCUCUGGAUGACUUUGCCAACGGUGCUGCACAGUCUGGUGUGUUGACGCUUGGUGAGACCAAUGACAUCUUUCUCUGGUACACAGCGGCCCGGAAACCCGGCCUUCUUUUCGUCUGCCAGCCCAGGAAGGGUCUGACACCGCAGCGCUGCCAUCGCUUCCAGUCCUGCGCCUACCGCAGCAACCAGUGGCGCUACCGUGGCCGCUGCGACAGCAUCCAGUUCGCCGUCGACAAGCGUGUCUUCAUUGCUGGCUUCGGCCUUUACGGCUCCAGCUGUGGCUCGGCCGAGUACAGUGCCAGGAUUGAGCUGAAACGACAGGGGGCGCUGCUGGGACAGAACCUCACCAAGUACUUCUCGGACGGGUCCAGCAGCACCUUCCCUGUGUGGUUCGAGCACCCGGUGCAAAUUGAGCCAGACACAUUCUACACGGCCAGCGUGGUGCUGGAUGGGAACGAGCUGAGCUACUUCGGCCAAGAGGGCAUGACGGAAGUCCAGUGCGGCAAAGUGACUUUCCAGUUCCAGUGCUCCUCGGACAGCACCAACGGGACCGGCGUCCAGGGGGGACAGAUCCCAGAGCUCAUCUUUUACGCCUGAUGUCUCCCAGUGGAAGAGAUCUGUUCUAUUUUUGUAUAUUUGUUGAACCGCUCAUAUUUAGAAUUUUCUGUAGGCAUUAUUUCAUGCUGGGACAUGAAUUUAAAGCAUUAAUGAAGUAUUCAUGAAGUUGAGAACAUCAGCCAUUUGUUUAUAGAUUAAGCAUUUAACGCACUGAUUAUUCGACUUAAUUCUAACGACUGUACCCUAACAUAGUUGUUUUUGAGUUUGUGUUACAUUCUGCAACUAGUAACAACUUCAGACACUUCACAUAUUUUCAACAUGGUUGCACAAAAAAAGAAGUCUUAGAUUAUCAAUAACUAAAUAGCCGUAUUUUUGAAUGGCCCUGGGAUUCGAAGCACUGAAGGUUGUGCUCACCUAGUUUUCGACCAGUGUAAGAAAUAAAAACCACUUUAUGUACAUAUAUAUGAAUAUAUUAGUUCGUGCCCUAGAUAUGCUUGAUUGACUAUCAUUAUAAUCUGGGUGAUUUCCAGAAAUGCUUACAAAAUGAAGCACAUGAGUUUGCAAUGUAGCUAAACGUUAAGAAUUUCGUCAUUAUUUCUCUGUAACCUGUAUUUCUUUAUAAUUGCAGUAAAUUCUGUUUACGAACAUGAUAUGGGCUGCAAAUUUCUUAUGAAUAAUUUACAAAGUCAAAAUGUACUGUAUGUCUUUUGUGAACAUGUAAACUAUAGUAGUGUGGUGAUAGUACUUAAAUCCGGGAGUAACACAGUUUCUGUGGAGAGCAUGGGUAAAUGUGCAGUUUCUCACCUUGUUCAGCUUCAUUAUUUGUACUUUUCAAUCCAUGGUGCUUGUGUGUCUUUUCUUAUCACCACUGUUGGUGCUUUUCUGACAUGUUGUAUGUCACACAAUGGCAUACAAUGACACAGUAACAUAGUAACACAGACGGCAAAGUGCAAGUACACUGGUGGCUGACAAGGUUGGGGCUUGCUCGCAAACACAUCGCCUGCAGCCUGGUUUGUUUCUUUUUCCGAAACACUUUAUAUAAGAACAGUUUUCAAAUUUUACACUAGAGGAUAUGCUAACAAAUUAACUAGGUGCUUAUUUGAAUUCUGGCAUACCAUUUUUAAUGAACAGGCCUUUAUUUCAACAUGAAACAGGAUGAAAAUAAUUUUUGUAUUUGAUAUAAUUGAUAGUUUGAAUUAUAAUUUGUUUUGUACUCCGUUGCACCUCUCUAAUUCAGCUGUGGCCUCAACAGAUUAGGUCUGUUCUGUGCCCUUCGGUUCAGUCAUUCUCUUCACGUUCCAUGUGCCGGUUUUCUCUGGAAAAAUAGCGGGUUGCUCUACAACAGUGACCCCUUGUUCAAAUACAAAGCAUUGAGAAGGAAAAAAGUGUUCAUAGCAAGGCCUGCACAGAGGGAGAAAUUAAACCGAACUGGCCUUCAGUGCCAAAUGGAUAACGUUACCUAACAAUAAUUUUGAAAGAAAUACUUUGUUUUCCCAAAAUGGAUUCCAAAGUAAUCUUUUUGAAAAUAAUAUGGUUUUAAAAAAAAUUCUAUUUACCCUCAAAACAUUUUCCUGGGUAAACCCCUUCCAUGUACUGCUUUUGUUAAAUAAAUAUGAAGAAAGUUUUAUGAUGGUAAAAAGUUUCAGGAGAAGAAUAGGCUAGAUACACAGGACCUGUUUACAUAAGUUGCUGUUUUUCUGUAAUGGUUAUUAUUUGCAUCUGACAGUUUGCACUCUGCAAUGUUUUGCCUAAUUUUAACACUGUAUUACUUGGUGUUUUUAACUGUUAAUUGUAUGAAAAUGUAUCCUAUUCAGAUUUUUUUUUGUUAAAGCGAGAAUUAAGAAUGUUUUAUGAAUUCCAAAGGCCCAUCGGAUGACAUUUGUAAAAACUAAAUCAUGGAUAAAGGACACCACUGUGAAGUUUCUCAUAUGUCUUCAUGCUGUUCUUUUGUGCAAAAGUACUGA